AUAAAAUAAAAUGUUUGCCCCAAGCGCUUUUUAAUUGUUUCAAAACCCAAGCCCCCACGUGUGCGGGACGUGCAAUAAGUAUUAAAUUGAAUGGCAUAUAGUAUCUGCCAAGUGAACGACUGAAACCUAAGCAAUAACCAACACGAAAUAACAGUUACGCGCCGCAGAAUCCGCAUCCAGACAGAUUUUCCACACCCCCUCCUUACCACCGCACCCUCAACUCUUUCGAUUCGAUUCGAUCUGUCGUCGUGUGCAGUUUGUGAAGGAAUUACAACAUGAAUUAAGUUAAAUUAAAGAUGUAAUAUGUGCAAUAAGUAAUCUGGCUGCGGCACAGAAACACGCUAAGCAAUAACCACCACAAGUGUGCUGCCACAUAUUCUUCCCCUCGCAACGGCAGCGGCCACACCUGCACCAGCACCAGCACCAUCACCCUAGGAUCCUCAUCCUCACACCCACCAUCGUCCACUUAUCCGCGUCUAGCCUCCCUCCGCUUUGGCCUGACGACGGAAGAAAUCAGGACAUGCAAAGAGCAUUCCAAUCCACAGAGUGGCCUACGUUAUCUCUUUAAGAUGUCACUGGCCGUGUCGCUGCGCCGUGCUCUGCUGGUGCUCCUCUCGGGCGCCAUCUUCAUCCUCACCGUGCUGUACUGGAACCAGGGAGGCGGCAAGACACAGGCCUACAGCGAGGCAUUGGAACGCCCCCACAGCCACAAGGACGGCACUGCCUUUCCCAUACCCGUGGAGAAGUUUUGGACAUACAAAUGCGAGAAUGACAGAUGCAUGCGGGUGAGCUAUCAUGCCGGGAAGACCGCCAAGCGUGUCUCCUUCAUCACCUGUUCGAUGACCUGCGGGUACGUGAACAUCUGGCCGGCGCCGACCAUUAAAUCGCUUGUCAGCGCCCAGACAACCAGCUUCUCCGUGGAGAUUGUCCAACUGGAAAUGGACACGCCGCAUCGAGAGGUGCGCAAGCAGCUGCAGCUGGCCUUUGACACUUUCCUCAAGGAUCUGCGCCAGAUCCAGAGACUGGACUACGCGGCCAGUCCUGCUGAGAUGGGCGAAAGUGAAUCGUCAUCGUGGUCAUCGAACAACGAUAUGGUGGGCGCUGCCACUUCUGGCCAGAGACGAUCAGGCGGUCUGGAGAGUCUGCUGGUGAAGAUCAGCGUGCAAAAGUCCGGAGAUGUGGACUUCAGCCUGGACAACGAUGAGAGCUAUCAGCUAUCCACAAUAACGGAGAGCCAUCGCCUGCUGGUGGAGAUCAAGGCUAACUCGUUCUUUGGGGCUCGCCACGGACUGUCGACGCUGCAGCAACUGAUCUGGUUCGAUGACGAGGAUCACCUGCUGCACACGUAUGUCAACAGCAAGGUGAAGGAUGCCCCAAAGUUCCGGUAUCGCGGCCUGAUGCUCGACACCUCACGCCACUUCUUCUCGGUGGAGGCGAUCAAGCGGACGAUCAUGGGAAUGGGUCUGGCCAAGCUGAAUCGCUUCCACUGGCAUCUGACGGAUGCGCAGAGCUUUCCCUAUAUCUCGCGCAACUAUCCGGAGCUGGCCGAGCACGGAGCCUACUCGGAGAGCGAGACGUACACGGAGCAGGAUGUGCGCGAGGUGGUCGACUUUGCACGGAUCCAUGGCGUGCAGGUGAUACCGGAGAUCGAUGCCCCCGCCCAUGCCGGCAAUGGCUGGGACUGGGGGCCCAAGCGGGGCAUGGGCGAGCUGGCCGUGUGCAUUAAUCAGCAGCCCUGGAGCUUCUACUGCGGUGAGCCACCGUGCGGGCAGCUCAAUCCGAAGAACAACCACACCUACCUCAUACUGCAGCGCCUCUACGAGGAGCUGCUGCAGGCGACGGGUCCCACGGACCUCUUUCAUCUGGGUGGCGAUGAGGUGAAUCUCGACUGCUGGGCCCAGUACUUCAACGACACAGAUCUGCGGGGCUUGUGGUGCGAUUUCAUGCUGCAGGCAAUGGCCAGGCUGAAGAUGGCCAACAAUGGCGUCUCCCCCAAAUACUUGGCCGUCUGGUCGAGCGCCCUGACCAACACCAAGUGUCUUCCAAACAGUCAAUUCACGGUGCAGGUGUGGGGCGGCAGCACAUGGCAGGAGAACUACGACCUGCUGGACAAUGGCUACAACGUGAUUUUCUCGCACGUGGAUGCCUGGUACUUGGACUGCGGCUUCGGCAGCUGGAGGAGCACGGGUGAGGCCGCCUGCUCCCCCUAUCGCACCUGGCAGAAUGUCUACAAGCACCGGCCCUGGGAGCGCAUGCGUCUGGACAAGAAGCGGCGAAAGCAGGUAUUGGGCGGUGAGGCCUGCCUGUGGACAGAGCAGGUGGACGAGAAUCAGCUGGACAAUCGACUGUGGCCCCGUGCCGGUGCCCUGGGAGAGCGCCUCUGGUCGGAUCCCAGCGAUGAUCAUGAUCUGGAUAUUAUGCCACCGGAGGUGUUCCGCCGCAUCUCGCUGUUCCGCACCCGCCUCGUCGAGCUGGGCAUCAAGGCGGAGGCCCUGUUCCCAAAAUAUUGUGCCCAGAAUCCCGGCGAAUGCAUUUGAUACUACCUUUAAGAAAAGUAAAUCCCAAUCCAAACCCCGAUCCCCCCAACACUCCCAACAUGUGCGUUAGUUAGUUUAUAGUGUAAUUGUUAUUUUAUAUACAUGAAAGGCAGAAGGAAACGAUAAGCCCGAGCUUCGCAGAAGUUUUGUGGGUCAGUUUGCGGAGUUUUGCAGGAAGCGACUGUAUGAAAUGGUUUCUGGCAUCAACCAUGACGACUCGAAUUUCUUUUCGAUAGAAAACCACACUCACCCAUACACACACACACACAUACUUAGUACAAUUCAAAUCGAAUUAUAUAGCGCACACAUUAUAUAGAUAGAUGGACAGACAGACAUAGAAUCGGAUACAGGCAGACAUGACCGUUAUAGGGAAACACGUUGAAGAUUACGAUUACCAUUAAGCGUUCAUAGUUUUUAAUUGUAGAUUUCAUACGCAUUAAUAUACACAUACACACUCACACCAACAUGCAGACAUAGGCAUAAAUUCUACAGAUAUAUAGCCUUAAUUUUAUAGUAAUUAGAAACAACAGGAUGACAAAAUGACAACUUUUUGAUAUUUUGAAACAAGCUUUAAUCGCGGAACAUCAAUAAUUAUGUUUAAGUUGACAGCAAAAUUGUAUUUCUUUUCUUUGUUGAUUUUCCCUUAUAUUUAAUUUAAUUUCCUUCUUUUGUUUUAAUCUAAGUUUUAAUUAGAGUUAAAUUAGAUUUUCAGUGAUAUAAACAAUGUGACCUUAAGAAAAAACUAAAAGAUACAUAACAAACAAAAUGACAAAAACAAAAU